AUGUCUGAAGUAGAUGGCAAUCAGAAACUAUUUCCCUGUGAAGUCUGUGGAAGACGCUUUGCAGCAGAUGUUCUGGAAAGGCACGGACCCAUAUGUAGAAAACUCUUCAACAAAAAGCGUAAACCUUUCAAUUCAUUGAAGCAAAGAUUACAGGGCACUGACAUUCCUACUGUGAGGAAGGUUCCUCAAUCCAAGUCCCAACCUGUGAGGAAAUCUAACUGGAGACAACAACAUGAAGACUUCAUCAAUGCCAUUCGAUCAGCAAAGCAGUGUACAUUAGCCAUUAAAGAAGGUCGGCCUCUCCCACCUCCACCCCCACCAUCCAUCAACCCAGAUUAUAUUCAAUGCCCAUAUUGUAUGAGGAGAUUUAAUGAAACAGCAGCCAAUCGACAUAUUAAUUUCUGCAAGGAUCAGUCUUCUCGCCGAGUCUUUGAUCCAGCCCAGACAGCAGCCAAAUUGGUAUCCAGAGCCCAGGGUCGGGCUCAGAUGAGCCCCCCAAAAGAACCAACUGUGACAAGUGCCGUGGGAGCAUUGCUACAGAACAGGGCCUUGCAGGCCACCAGCGUGGUUCCAAACCAGUCAGGAUUGGCAGCAGAUCCUGCUGUUGGAGCAAAACUCAGACAAGGAUUUACUAAAUCUCCUAAAAAAGAUUAACUCCUAGAGGCCAGGUAAGAAAAAACAAAAACAAAAAAAACCUCUAAUCCGGGUGUUCAAGAUUUAGUUAGGGAUCCUUUAAGAGAAUAAAUCCACAGUGGACAAACCAAAGAGAAAUUUGAGCAAACCCUGAGCUGGGUGAACAAAAUGUAUGCUCUUGAAAUUUACUGUUAAACAUACAGUUUGAAAAGGAUAUUCAGUUUUCUAUUCUGACUUAAAAGGAAAAGGGACUGAGUCCUCAUUUUUGAUCUGGGAGGCUACUGCCUGUUCCUUUUUUCCCCAAGUCAUUCCUCCCCAAAAAGACAGUUCCCCGAGAGUGACAUGGAAUGGGAUUACUAUGAAGUUGGUACUUUUUUUUGAUACUGUGAGCUGUUGUGUAGAAUAAUUAAAAUUUUAAAGAAUAUUUAACAUUGUGAAUGUGGAAACGGUGAGGUUCUAAAGGAAGUGCUUUUCCUUUCUGCUCUCAGACUGGCUCGCAGACAUUGCUCAGCCUGGACAGCUGCGACCCAGGAAUACCACCGUAGGGGAAGGAGCAGUAAAUGUCUGUUUCCACGCCUGUGGCGUCCUCCUGAGACAUCACUUAAAACAAGUAAAACCUGGUUUCAAAUUUUCUUAUUUACUCCCUUGAAAUUUUUCAAAAUCAAAGUCA